AUGAAGAUUGUGACUAUGUCUCCCCAUUUCAGCAUCAAUGACAUCCAUUUCCUAGCCAAAGACAUCCACGACCUGCACGAUCCGAUUGCUGCCCAUGUCACUUUCUUUGAACGUCUGGUUUUGACAUUGAAUUCAAGUUCGCAAAAGUUCGACUCUUGGGUUUCUACGUGGCUGGGUGACCAAAUUAAAUAUUCGAGUCAACUGAAGGCACUCUGGGGUUCUGACGCUUGGGGCAAUAUCCAAAGACUGCUAGAGAACAUCAAAUUGACGUCGCUUCAUUUCAAGACUUCGAAUCCAUCAAUUCAGCCGAAAGUUUACUCGAAACUUUGGAGGGAAAGGCGGUCAUCCUCAAAGCAGAAAACGAAAUCUGGGCAGGAUUAUCCUUCUCAAAUGCUAGAGACCGCGUUGGAACUUGAGAAGCGAAUCGAUCAGCUAUGCGCGUACACUCACUUGAUAUCUCCUUCGCUGUAUCAGGAUUUUACUCGCAACGAGCAGGACACAUCCCCAUCUAGAUCUGAAGAGCCGCGGGCCAACAGAAAAGCUGCUGUAAGUCUGUAUCAUGCAGCCCAAAGAUCAGGGACAUGCUGUACCUUGUGCGUCGAUGUCCCUCCGAAGUCCGUUCAGCCUGACAACACGUCGGGUUCGGAAGCGCCCUCUCCGGGGUCGACUCCAUCUACUCAAAUGCCUUGUUAUAGGCUGCUGGUGGCGGCAGACAAGGUAAAUUCGCGUACGGAAGAAAUAUGCUUGGAGCAUGUUCUAACAUUCGACAAUGACCUAACGAGUCCGACGCCACAUAAAGCAAAUCUUGCAGCUCUAAUGUACGCUGCAUCAGGAAGCCACGUUCGUUUGCAGGCACAAGCUCUCGACUCUCUAACUUCCGAAACAGUCUUCAAGGUGUUGCGAAAGGAUGUUGUAGACUCAGAACAUUUCCACCGAGAGAAUCUUGACAGAUAUUUCUUUGAUGAGGCGGAGAUAAAGCCUCCGACACGAUCAGAAAGGUACGAGCUCGCGUUCAGCUUUGCACAAAGUUGCUUCUUCCUCCUUGGAACACCAUGGUUAGCGAACCUGGAUAGCAGACAGCUACAAAGGCUCAGGAGGAACGGAAGGGCUGCUGCCUUGGGUUGGACGAACGAGAUAUUGCCUUUGGAGCGAGUCUCACGCAUAGAUCAGAGUGCGCUCUCGAUGUCGUCUCAACUAAUGCGUAUUGGUUUCAUAUUGAUAGAGAUUGCGAUGGGCGAUCUUGAAGGCGAAGAUUUUGCGAAUCUAGAAAACCCCCUCACCUUGGCCACUCUUGUGGCAGGUAUUGAGUACUCGAGAGCCUGCGAGUUUUGCAUCAAUGGUCGUCUCGCAGCGCAUCAUUUUUGGCCGGAGGUCAAGAAUUGUGUCAAGGAACCCAUCUGGAAUACCGACAUCGGCAACUUGCUUAAUGAGUUUGAUAAGGAGGUUCUCUCAAGGUGA